AUGCACCGUAAGAGUGCGGCAAGGUCUUCGUCCGCCCGGGCGUGCAAUCUGUGCAGUGACAACCGUAUGGGCAGCUGGAGACAAGUGCCGGUCGUCGUCAGCGUGCCGGCGACGCCCGAUCCAGUGCCGGAAAUGCAAUCAACAGGCCCGCUCUGUCCGCUGCCCGGACAUCCGUACGAUGUGGAGACGGCCGGCAGUGUGCCGGGGGUGGUGUCUGCCGGUUACGCAGGGUAUGUGCGACCGUGCCGUGGCGCAGUGAGCGAGUGUGGUGCGAUCGGUGCGGUACGGUGUAGCACAAGCGUCACACCGCCGCGAAACAGGACAAUGGUGUGGAUAAUGGUGGUACUGUUGACGCUCGUCCAGCUGACGGCCGGCUGUGGGCCGGGCCGCGGGAUCGGGGGUCCACGCCGGACCCGCAAGUUGACACCGUUGGUGUUUAAGCAGCACGUGCCGAACCUGAGCGAAAAUACGCUCACCGCGUCCGGCAUGCAGGAGGGCCCGAUCUCGCGCAACGACAGCAAAUUCCGGAGUCUCGAGACAAACUACAACAAGGACAUCAUCUUCAAGGACGAGGAAGGUACCGGGGCGGACCGUGUUAUGACGCAGCGCUGCAAGGAAAAGCUCAACAUACUGGCCGUCUCGGUGAUGAACCAGUGGCCCGGUCUACGGCUGAUGGUGACCGAGGGCUGGGACGAGGAUCACAUGCACGCGCCCGAAUCCCUGCACUACGAAGGUCGCGCCGUCGACAUCAUGACGUCGGACAAGGAUCGGUCGAAGAUCGGCAUGCUGGCACGGCUUGCCGUCGAGGCUGGGUUUGACUGGGUGUUCUACGAGAGCCGCAGUCACAUCCACUGUUCUGUUAAAUCAGAUUCCUCCCAGUCGAGCCAUACGAGCGGUUGCUUUACGGGCGAUAGCACCGUCCUGACGGAGACCGGCAGCCAUCGGAAGCUGAGCGAGCUGCGCAUCGGUGAGCGUGUGCAGGCGGUCGACGCAACCGGCCAACCCGUCUUCAGCGAGGUGCUCAUGUUCAUGGACCGGGACACGCACCAGCGGCGCGAGUUUGUCACGAUCGAGGCGGACGGUGGCGCGCUGCUGAAGGUAACGCCUGCCCAUCUGGUGAUGGUGUGGCGCCGGGCACGGUCCGAGACGCGGUACGUCUUUGCCGAUCGGGUGCGCGAGGGCGACCACAUACUGGUGCACGUGGACGGUGCGCUCGAGCCGCGGCUGGUGCGCCGAAUAUCGGCCACCCUCGCGGAGGGCGUGUAUGCGCCCCUCACGAGCGAGGGCACGAUCGUGGUCGAUUCGAUAGCGGCGUCCUGCUAUGCGCUCAUCGAGAGCCAAACGAUCGCGCACCUUAGCUUUCUGCCGUACCGGUUCGCGGAGAAAGUGUGGGCCCUGUUCGAGCGGAGUAGCACCAGCGAUCGGCUUAGCUUGCCGCGCCACGAGGGCAUCCACUGGUACGCCAAAUCGCUGUACACCGUCAAAGACUAUCUGAUCCCGUCGAACUGGCUGUACCACUGA